AUGGCGACCGAGCUCGAAGUGCUUGCUGCGGAACUGGCGGCUGUCCAGCAAGAGCUGGCGCAAUUGCGAUCCUCGACGUCGGAGCGCAUCUACAAGCUCAACGAGGAGAACGACGUGCUCGCCGAGGCCAACGAGCUCCUCACGCAAGAGAACGCGCGCCUCCGGGCCGAGCUCGACGCGCUCAAGGCUCUGGAGAGCUCGAUGGCCGGCCUCGCCGUCGCCGAGCCAGCAGUGCCCGAAGACCUCUUGACGCCUGGGAGCGGCCUCUACCCGCAGACGGAGCUCGCGUGCAUUGAGCAGGCGCAUACGCUCAAUGUGCUCUCGGUGUCGGGGCAUGUGCUGCGUCCGCACAUUGUCGCGUCGGGCGCGGUCGACCGCUGCGUCAAGGUGCACGACUAUGCGUCCAAGGCGCUCCUUGCGACGUUCGACGCUGGCGCGCCCGUGCUCGCGCUUGCGUUUCACCCGCAGCCGGCGUACGCAGAUUACCUCUUGGCCAACUGCAUGGACGGCCGCACGUUCGUGCUCAAGCUCGAGGGCGACGCGCUCACGCUCGUGCAGGCCUUCCACGACCACACACGGCAGGGCAACGUGCGCCACGCGUGGCUUUCGACGGGCCUUUCGUUUGUGACGGCGGCCAGCGACAAGACGGCGCACCUCUACCGCUUUGACGCCUCGGCCUUCCUCCUUGCCAAGAGCUACUACUUCAACGGGACCGUCGAAGCACUCGCCGUCGUGCCGGCGUCUGAUGCACAUGCCGAGCUCAUUGCGCUUGCAGUGCGCGACGACUGCUACCUCCACUACGUCGACUGCGCGACGCUGGAGAAGACCCGGCUCAACAUGAACACGGACGGGAUCGAGCACGUCUCGUACACGAUCUUGGACUUGCGUACGUCGCCGAGCGGCAAGUACCUCUUGGCCGCCACGGACGCCAACCGUCACUUCGUAUUUGAGGUCCUGAAGAACGUGGUGCUUCGGAGCUUCUACGGGCACAAGGCCGGACCAUACAGCCAGCCGCGCGUGGUGUGGCACGCCUCGGAAAAGUACGUUGUCUCGAACAACGAAGGCGACGGCGUCCUCAACGUCUGGAGCGUGGCGUCGGAGCGUCUCUUGACGCAGUUUACGGCCCACGACAAGCUCAUUCGCGACAUGGACAUUGCGCAAGGCGUCCUCUUCACGGUCUCGUACGACAAGGCGCUCAAGGUCUGCGAGAGCCGCCCGAGGGUCGAGGACAUGGACGAGCGCGACGACGCAGUCGAGUCUGCAUACGACGACAUGGACGACCGUGACGAGGCAGUGGACUCUGUGUACGACGGACUCCCGGUCCGCUUGGUCUUCUAG